GGGUUUCACAGAGAGCCAACACCGCUACACCAUACGAAGAGCGGCGGCGAGUUCGUUCCCCCUCGAAUAACCUCCGAGAUGGCAACCCAGAUGAGUAAGAAGCGAAAGUUUGUGGCGGAUGGGGUGUUCUUCGCGGAGUUGAACGAGGUGCUAACGAGAGAGUUGGCGGAGGAUGGCUAUUCGGGUGUGGAGGUUAGGGUUACGCCCAUGCGUACCGAGAUCAUUAUUCGGGCGACGCGCACACAGAACGUCCUUGGUGAGAAGGGAAGAAGGAUCAGGGAAUUGACAUCGGUGGUGCAGAAAAGAUUCAACUUUCCGGAGAAUGGCGUUGAGCUCUACGCCGAGAAGGUGAACAAUAGGGGGCUCUGUGCCAUUGCUCAGGCUGAAUCGCUCCGUUACAAGCUUCUUGGCGGCCUUGCCGUUAGGAGGGCCUGUUAUGGUGUCCUGAGGUUUGUCAUGGAGAGUGGUGCAAAGGGGUGUGAGGUAAUUGUAAGCGGAAAGCUCAGGGCUCAGCGUGCCAAGUCCAUGAAGUUCAAGGAUGGGUAUAUGAUUUCUUCUGGUCAGCCGGUCAAUGAAUAUAUUGACUCUGCAGUGAGGCAUGUUCUCCUAAGACAGGGUGUUCUCGGAAUCAAGGUCAAAAUUAUGUUGGAUUGGGAUCCAAAGGGAAAGCAAGGUCCUACUACGCCUCUGCCAGAUCUCGUCACCAUUCAUCCACCAAAGGACGAAGAUGAAUAUGUCAGGCCAACACCAACUUUGGCUCCAGAGGUAGCCAUCGUCUGAUGAUCCCUGGUUUGCUGGGGUAUAAUGGUUCUGGGAAGAGGUCUCUUUUUGCUUUCAAAAACAAAAAAAAGUUUAGCUUUUUUGGUCUAUUUUGCAGUCUGAAACUUGUUUUACUAUGUUUUCUUCCUAACCAAUGUUGGUUUGAUGGUUGAAUUGCAUUCUGUUCUUUUUUUUUUUUAACUUGCUAUGGGAAAGAAAUUGAUUUGUAGCUGUGACG